UUCAUGUGUUUUGUUGCGUGAUAUUCUUCAAGUUCGAACAGAUUUUAUUUUAACAAUUAUAGUAUUUUCACUGAAAGUACCCGUGGAAGGUACGUCAACGACUCGCCAUAAUGUUAUCCCGAGCAUGCCGAUUGAUAUCGAAGAAUGCGCUUAGCGGGAGAGUAGUCUGCGUUCAGGAAGGUAUAUCGACUUAUUCCAACCGUUCACGGGAUUACCACAUUGCUUCAGGACAUGGCGGCUUAAGGUGUUCCCUUAUUAAUACGGGCACAAAUGGAACACCGAAAUUUUCAUCCCUCAAGCCGAUUACUGCGGCGGUGCUAGUGAGAAACCUCAGUGCAGGUGAUGGAGAUAAAACGGCACUACUGGAUGUUAUACCAGAACCCCCAACAAUCCCCCAAGGGGCACCGGAAAUCGCAGAACUGGUAGCUGGUGCUGAACCCGCGUUCGCUUCCCUUGGACUGGGAGGGUGGACACCGGUCGGUAUCGUUCAAAACUGUAUGGAAUUUCUGCACAUUGGGCUGGAUUUGCCCUGGUGGGGUUGUAUCGCGAUCGGUACGGUUGUCGUGCGAACGCUGCUGUUUCCCCUGGUAAUCGCUUCACAGCGAAACGCCGCCAAAAUGAACAACCACAUGCCUCAGAUGCAGGUGUUGCAGAUGAAGAUGACCGAAGCGCGCCAAGCAGGAAACGCAAUCGAAUCCGCCCGCUACGGCCAGGAAAUGGUUCUGUUUAUGAAGGAGAAAAAGUUGAACCCACUAAAAAACAUGCUAGUCCCGCUAGCCCAAGCGCCAAUCUUCAUUUCCUUCUUCAUGGGCCUGCGCGAGAUGGCGAACACUCCGGUGGAAUCGAUGCGCGAUGGUGGACUGUUUUGGUUCACCGAUUUGACGAUCUGCGAUCAGUUCUACGCUCUGCCCAUCAUUACCAGUCUUACAUUGUUCCUUACCAUUGAGCUCGGCACUGAUAGUGCUCGUAUGUCGGCAGCGAACAUGCAGACCGCAAAAUACAUCCUCCGUGCAAUGCCGCUUUUCAUCUUCCCGUUCACUAUAAAUUUCCCCGGUGCGAUCUUGUGCUAUUGGGCGUGCAGUAACUUCUUUUCUUUGGUGCAGGUCGGCUUUCUGCGGAUACCGAAAGUACGCGAUUUUUUCAAGAUUGAUAGAAUCGUUGCACACAAACCGGAAACGUUGCCCAUCAAGAAGAAAGGUUUUACCGAAGGAAUCAAAGAAUCCUGGACAAACAUGAAAAUAAGCCGAGAACUUGAGGAACGAGCGCGCAUCGAUGAAAUUCGUUUCCAAAAAGCCGGUAAAGGCCCAAUGGUGAAAACUUACAAAUACGACCCAACGGCACCCCGACCAGGCGCAUCAACUACGGUGAAUGCGAAAAAACGGUAAUACGAUAAUAUGGUCCUGACUGAUCAAACUAAAAUUCAUUCAACAGACCGGUAAAGUAGUGGACCCCCUGCGGGUAUUCAAAGCACGCAAUAAAACAAGUCCCAAGUGUAAAGUUAUCAACGU